AUGGAAAUUCCUGAAGAUUCAACGAUUAAUGCGAAUACUGGAGCUCAAUCUGGAACUGGAGUGUCGUGUGAUGAAAGUCGCGUUGCUAGGAAGAACAAAUUGUGCCUAGUUGACGGAUCGACAUCGAAGGAAGAUUUUGGUGCAGAAUUGGGAAGUCAGUGGAAUCGAUGCAACGCCAUCAUCACCUCAUGGCUUAUGAGCAAUGUAAGUAAAGAACUAGUCACAGGAGUGUUGUUUUCUUCUAAUGCACAGAGGAUAUGGGCAGCCUUCAAGGAGAGAUUUGACAAAGUGAAUGGAUCGAGAUUGUACUACUUGCACAAGGAGAUAUUCACUCUAACACGGGGAAUUUUAUCUGUUUUGACACAUUUUACUAAAUUGAAAGACCUUUGGGCAGAAUAUGAUUCAAUACUGCCGCCUCCUUUAUCUGCUACUGAAUACAUUGAGCAAUUGGAAUUCCAGCGUCUGCUGCAAUUUUUAAUGGGAUUAAAUGAUGGAUUUAGAGCAAGCAAGGAGCCAAAUCUUACUGAUGCCAACACUGUCGUCUAUAGACAAAACCUAUGCUAUGGUAGUACAUGA